AUGCAUGAGCAAAGUAAGAAAAUGGAUUGUGGUGACACGGAGUAUGUGAUCAGGUGCUUUGGAUGCUUAAGCAUUGUGUGCCGUAGGGCAAGAAGAUCGAUGCUUUUGCUGAACACCAAAAUCAAAAUAUACUCAGGCAGCAAUCCCACGGAGUGUGUGCAGUCUGCUAGGAAUGGAUACAUGGCAUACAUGUGCAAGUGCAUUGUGGCGGAUAUAAGGUGCAAGUGUUGCCGCAUGGUGCUUGGAUAUCACAUUGUUAGGCCAUGCAUUAAAUGCACAGCAGGCACAGGCAACAGCCAUAGAUGGAUAUUUGAUACAAGCUCUGUAAAAUCUUCAGCUAGGCAGGCAGGAUAUGAAAUGCAGGCAUGUGAUUUGCAGCAUUUUGGCACUGAUUACGAUCAUGAAAUCAAAAUAAGAUGA